GCGCUCAGAGCCGGGCGGCUCCGCGGGGGCCUGCGCCCGGCGGCGGCCCCGGGAUGCGUUUGGGGUGAGCUGGCCCCGCUGGAAGACCCGGAGCAAAACCGUGGGGGAGCCAAACAAGCCCGGGGACCCCCCACCCCACCCCUAACUGCUCUCCUCCGCUUCCCUUCCCACGUCAGAGUGGCAAUGUGUAGCAAAGCGAUCUUAGCACUCCUGGUCUAUGGCAUAAUAAUGCACUGCAGCGUCUACUGCUCACCUGCGGCCGGACUUCAGUACCCGGCACUCAGGCUGGAGGAUGAAGUCUACGACGAGGACGGGAACACCCUGCAGGACUUCGCCUACGACCACGAGCCCCUCGGUAUAGCGAAUCCGUCCUCCAUGAUCGGCGAGAUGUACACCUUGUAUUACCCACCGGAAAAGAGGCACGCCGAUGGGAUCUUCAACAAAGCCUACAGGAAACUCCUGGGCCAGUUAUCUGCUAGGAAAUAUCUGCACUCCCUGAUGGCCAAGCGGGUCGGCGGUGCCAGCGGCGGCCUGGGGGACGAUGCGGAACCGCUGACCAAGCGGCACAUAGACGGCAUCUUCACGGACAGCUACAGCCGCUACCGGAAACAAAUGGCUGUCAAGAAAUACUUAGCAGCAGUCCUGGGGAAAAGGUAUAAACAAAGAGUUAAAAACAAAGGACGCCGAGUAGCGUAUUUGUAGCGAUGUGAGUAACCAGCCACUCCUGUGUAUACAAAGUCCUAAGAGAGAGAGAGAGAGAGAGAGAGAGAGAAAGAGAGAGAGAGAGAGAGAUAAACCCAACAACAACAACAAAAAAAAAUCUAAACAAAAACAAAAGUCAUUUCCAAACUGACUGAACAAU